UCUUUUGGAGGUCGUACGGGCGAACAUUUCGGGGACUGGAGAAAGAAGACGCCGUCGGAUCUAGUUUUCGUCGGUAAUCCAUGGAGUAGGAGGAGGAAUUUCCGAUCUGCUAAUGGAAUUUUCUCGAUAGAUGAUUCGUUCCGUUCUCGAUCGGAUCAAUCGGUUUCGUUUUCGCGUGAACUGCGAACAAAAAUUCCCUCUCAGGGAACUCUUUUUUUUUGUUUCCCCCGUACGACGAUUUCUGGUUUUUGCGUGAUCGCGAUCCGGAACCAUGAGGAAGAAGCUCGAUACUCGUUUCCCAGCGAUGAGGAAUUUACAGGCUCGUAUUAAGAAGAUAAUGCAAGCUGACGAGGAUGUCGGGAAGAUAGCACUGGCAGUGCCCGUCUUAGUUUCAAAAGCGUUGGAAUUGUUCUUGCAAGACCUCUGUGACCGUACAUAUGAGAUCACCCUUGAAAGAGGAGCCAAGACCGUGAGCUCAUUGCACCUGAAACAUUGCGUGGAAAGAUAUAACGUGUUUGACUUCUUGCGGGAAGUUGUGAGUAAGGUGCCCGACUAUGGCCAUGGCCAUGGACAUGGACAUGGCCACUCUGAUGCAACCAUGGAUGAGCGCAACAUCUCUAAGAGAAGGAAGCCUGUUGGUGAUGAAGACAGUGACGAGGAAUUAAAGAAGAGCAGAAUGCAAGAGAUGGGGAAUGCAGGGCCGAGCGGGAGAGGAAGAGGGCGAGGACGUGGAAGGGGACGUGGCCGAGGAGGCGGAAGAACAGCGGAAAGGGAGCAUCCUCCCCAUCUGAAUCGCGAGAUGGAAGUAGAACCUCCAUCCCUCACCGCCGCUCCUCUUCCUCAAGAGGCUACCAGCAUGAUUCCCCCACCGUCGUCGCUACCAUCACCACAAGCCAUCAAGCAGGAUGCUGUGGAUGGCGUUGUGCCACCGCCGGCAGCAGAAGACGAGUCUUCUCAGCCGAACCCGCAGCUGCAAAGUCCGAACGAAACUAACACGGGCAUUAGAACCUUCGACCUUAACUCUGUAUCGGUAGAUAACAACAUCGAGCCAAAACCACAGACUGUGGCCACAGCCACCGAGAUGAAACCCGAGGAGUAUCCGGGUUGGUCCAUCUCGGAGAUGGGCAAAAUCGACCCGAUGCAGCUCGCUAGCAUGGGGAAGAGAUUAGAUGAGGACGAGGAAGAUUACGACGAAGAAUGUUGAACAGACACUACUACUACUACAUCGAUGCUCGUCAUUAGGAUGACAAUAGCGUUAGCUGCUCUUGACAAGUGAUUCCGUAGGAAGGGGAAAAAAGAAUGAAGCUCUUUCUAGCUGUUGUAUUAGUUCUCAUUCUUCUCUUUGUACUGUUUAAUGGAAGAAAUAUUUCAAGGCUCCUAA